CUCCCUCUCUCGCUCUACCCGUCUCGUCUCGCUGUUACAAAUCGCAAUUCCCCAAUCCAAACAUAUUCCUCUCUCUCUCUCUCUCGUCGCCGCCGCGCGACCAGCAGCCAGCACACUCCCCUCGCUCGCUCCUCCUCCGCCGCCGCAGCAGCUCGCUCCUCACGGCGGCGGGCCGCGGCAGCCACGAAUAAGGUAGUCUCAAGUAGUUGCUGAUUUGCUGAUGGCUGGUGCCUCAGCAACCGAUGAAUCUUCUGCAAGCACAGCUGGGAUGAGGGAUGAUGACCGCAGCCUGUCUGGCGAGUCCUUGUCGGAGUGGCGAUCCUGCGACCAGGGCGAAAGUGGGAGCCCUUCUACGUCCCCACCCUUCUGGGACACUGACUGCGAUGAUGAUGAUCCUGGCCCCAAACCUUCAGGCUUAUACGGCCGGCAUGUAUGGAGGAUUGAUAAUUUUUCUAAGGAGAAGAAGAGAGAAAUGAAGAGCGAGCCAUUUGAAGCUGGUGGUUACAAAUGGUAUAUACUUGUAUACCCUCAAGGAUGUGAUGUCUCCAAUCACUUGUCAUUGUUUCUUUGCGUUGCUAAUCAUGACAAACUUCUCCCAGGUUUGAUGUUACCCUUUUUUUCUGCUACGUGCUAUCUUAUACGAUGGAAUUUUUCUGAUUCUAAUAUGACAAUUUCAGGAUGGAGCCAUUUUGCACAGUUCACUAUAGCUGUAGGCAAUAUGGAUCCUAAGAAAAUUAAAUACUCAGAUACUUUGCACAGGUUCUGGAAGAAGGAGCAUGAUUGGGGAUGGAAAAAGUUUAUGGAGUUAUCAAAGAUUCAAGAUGGUUUUCUAGUGGAUGAUGUUCUUGAAAUCAUUGCUCAAGUUCAAGUUAUCAGGGAAAAAGUGGACAGACCAUUUCGCUGCCUUGAUCGUCCUUAUCGAAGAGAAUUGCUCCGUGUCUAUACAACAAAUAUAGAACAAAUUUACCGACGUUUUGUUGAGGAACGAAGAAAUAAACUUACCAAGCUCAUCGAGGACAAAAUGAGAUGGUCCAGUUUUCGUGCUUUCUGGUCAGCAAUUGACCCAAGAACGAGGCAUCGCAUGUCCAGAGAGAAGACUGAUACUAUCCUUAAAGGAUUGGUGAAGCAUUUUUUUGUAGAAAAAGAGGUCACUUCAACAUUAGUGAUGGACUCUUUGUAUACGGGUCUGAAGGCACUCGAAUACCAGUGUGAGCGCAAGAAAGGAAGAACAAAAUUAGCAGAGUUGGAUGAAUUGCCUGCACCCAUGGUCCAUGUUGAUGUGGACUUAUUUGUCUUGGCUGGCGAUGUUAUAACUUUACUUGAGAGAGCAGCCCUUGAACCCUUGCCUUGUCAACCAGUAUCUCCAAAGGAUGACAAAUGUUCCCAGAGCCGCAUGAAGGAUGGUAGUUCUGGUGAGGUUAACAAAAUUUCUAUGGAGCGUGAGGAAAGACGCCUAACUGAGCUUGGGCGGAAGAUACUUGAAACAUUUGUGCUAUCUCAUAUAUUUAGUGGAAUUGAAGUUGCAUACCAAGAAGCAGUUGCCUUGAAGAGGCAAGAAGAGUUAAUUCGUGAGGAGGAAGCGGCAGGGCUUCUUGAAAAUGAGACAAAGGGAAAGCGCAAUGGUGGUGUGAACGAAAAGGACAAGCGUGCAAAGAAAAAGCAGGCCAAACAAAAGAAGAACAAUCGUAAAGUUAAAGACAAGGAAAGAGAUGAGAAAUCUGAAGCUAAAAUUCUAGAAAGACUUGAUGAUGAAAUCACAAUUGAUGAUAGUGAUGGCUUACCAUCUAAGCAGGCUGAAGAAGUAACAAUGAAGGUUGGUGAUUCAUUGGAAGAAGGUGCUUCAGAUGUGCCAGAUAAUUCGGAUAGUUCAGUAAUGACGUGUCAACAAGAUUCUGGUGAUAGACAUUCUAGACCUAUGAAUGGAAAGAGAGUCUCCUCUGUGGAGGCUAACUCGUCAACAUUUUUGGCUGAUUCUAGUGGCAUGAAUGGUACCCACAGCAAAGGAAACGGUUUGCCAGACAGCAAAAAUCACCUGCCACCAAAUAGAGGAAAAAAUCAGCGUAACAAGGGCAUUAGCAUUAUCAGCUUCGCCGAAGAAGAUGAUUGCCUUCCCUCUUCCAGUGUUGCUGGUAGUUCAGAUCGCAAUAGUUCUGGCUGUGGUACUGCUCCAAAAUUGGACCGAGAUACCGUUUUACUCACCUUGAAAGAUAGACUCCGUGAGCUAGGGCAACGCCUGCAUGAGAAGAACAUUGAGGGGAGAAAACUUUUCAAAGCUCACUUUGAAGCUAUGGAGUCUCAAACGAAGACAGGUGGGUCAUCAUCCAGUUCUUUGGAGAAGCCACCUGAUGUUCCAAAGAGCCCAGACCAUUCCUCGGAAGUUAUAACUAGCGUAAAAGUUAAUGGUACAGCCAAUAAGGAAGUACAUGUGGCCAACUCUGUGCCAGAGGAAGCUGCUUCGGUCACACCAGUCACCGCGAGUACCGAAGCUGUGCCUGGUAAGGCCCCUGCCAGAUCAACAGUUGACCCAAUUUCAGACAAAGAUAAGGAGUCAAGUUUGACACCGCCUGCCGAUAGGGCACCUCCAAAUUGCUCAAAGUCGACUCCAGUUGAUAUGGAUAAAGAUGUUCCUCUUCCUUCAAGAUCACCUCGAAUCAAUAAAGCUGCUCCCAUUUCCUCGAAAUCGCCACCAGUUGACAGAGCUACUACAGUUUGUCCAAAAUCUCCAGCAACUGAUAAAGCUACUCCUGUUCGUCCCAAAUCUCCAUCAGCUGGUAAAGCCACUCCAGUUCCUCCAAAAUCUCCUCCAACUGAUAAAGCUACUUCAGUUCCUACAAAAUCUCAACCUACUGAUAAAGCUACUUCAGUUCCUACAAAGUCUCCACCCACUGAUAAAGGUACUUCAGCGCCUGCAAAAUCUCCACUGGCUGAUAAAGCCUGUGUGGUUCCUGUAAAAUCUCCAGUGACUGAUAAAGCUAUUCCUGUUCCUGCAAAAUCUCCAUCAGCUGGUAAAUAUUCUCUAGCUCCUUCUGUACCAGCAAUAUGUGCUAAAGAUGCUUCCCUUCCUUCAAGGCCACAACAAGUUGAUAAAUUCACACCAGCCCCCACAAGAAUACCACAGGUUGAUAAAGCUGCUCCACUUUCCUCGGAAUUGCCACAAACAUCUCACACGGCUUAUUCAGAAGCUCGAGAAAAUACUGCUCCCAUAAAGGCCGCAUCCACCACAGUUUCUGAGGUUGCUGUCAUCACAACAUCACGGCCUUCAAGUGCCCCUGUAUUCGCUACACCAAGAACAACUGCACCAGCUGCCCCACAAGUUCAAGUUUCCCGCUCAAUGAGUGAAGUAGCUGGAAGAUCAGGAAAUGAACCUUCCCCUUCUGCCCCAGCGUAUGUUCCACAAACCUACCGUAAUGCCAUCAUUGGUAAGCCUGGUCUGGGUACAACCUCUUUAAAUCUUUCAUAUCAGCCAACUACUAUGGGCCAAGCUAGUGCCCUUCCACAGCCUCUUUCAGCAUAUGCAUCAACCACGUCAGUAAUGAUGCCUCCCGCUGGGAGGAAUGAUCUGUUGUCAGCUAGGCAUGGAUUCAAGUCUGAGUUGGGGAAAUCUGAUACACGUGAUAGUUGGCAACCAUGGAAAAGUGAUAGCAACAUUAACAAUCACCUCUGGAGGGAUGACUCCCCUUACCAACGAACGACCAACAGUCAUGCAUAUCAGCAAACUUGGAAAGAUGAUGCUUACCAGCAAGCACGGGGUGCUGAAACAGAAAUUCUCAGCAGGUUUGGAGGAUUGCAACCACCUAGGCAGACUCCAGUCAGUUUUGUCAUGCAGCAGCCACAGGCGCCAGUUGCUGAAGAGUAUCAGCACCUCGACAUCAUUAAUGAUUUGCUCGACGAGGAGCAGAGCAACGACAGCAUGCCAGAGCCUAUUCGCCAUGAUUACCAUGCAUUUGGCCUGCCAUAUUCGCUAAGAGGCAACUUGGCAGAUGCAGAAAUGACUUCUGUUAGCAGUCCCGGGCGGUUUAACAGGGGCAGCCUGGCAGAUCUGGAAAUGGCCUCUGCUAGUAGUCCCAGGCGAUUUAGCAGAGGCAACAUGUCAGAAUCGGAAAUGGCUUCUGUUAGUAGUCCCGGUCGGUUUAGCAGAGGCAGCAUGGCAGAUUCGGAAAUGGCUUCUGCUAGUAGCCCUGGUCGGUACAAUUCCACCGAGCGCUACUACGAUGAGGGAUUCUCGAGGGCCUAUGACAUGAGCCCUCUUCAAGGGUCGAGGGAGAGGCAGUUCCCCUCGAUGGAUACAUAUGCUAACGGUGGCUUGCCUGACGUGAACACGUCCAAGCCAUGGCCAUAUGGCCUUCCCAACCCAUCGAUGAAUCUUGGGGUGAAUGCCAACGGGUUCCAGCAGCACCAGAUGGGGGACUAUGGUAACCUGGCUAGUGGGGUGAACGGAGGAGGUUCCUUGUAUCGUCGCCACGCCAACGGACGCUGGUGAUGCGAUGCCUGUAUACAGUCUUACAGUCAAGAAUAAUGCUUGUUGUAACAGAUACUGGUUCCGGGCCCGACCUUUGCCGUGGCCUGUAAUUUGAAACAUUUAGUUUUAAAAUGGAAAAAAGGAGAGAAAAGGAUACAGUUUACAUUCUGUAAA